GAGGACGAGACUUUUACCAAUCAAACUACGAGUAGUGAAUUGCCUUAGCCAAUCAUAGCGUGAGGGGCGGGAUCUGUCGAAUAUGAUUGGGGAUGAAAAAAAUAAUAAUACCGCUGGAAACAACACUCUACCGGGGAGGGGAUAAAUAUAUAUUUUCUAACAGUCUGUUUGCAAACAGAGUUAACUUUUAACAUAGUCGACGUCUUCAAGUGAAUACUUGGUGUAAUUUACAGUGAUUAUUGCUAUUUCGAGACUUGUCUUGUAGAAAAUAGGGAUGAUACCGUGUUGGGAAAGGACUUGUUUUGGUGUUUUGCUAGGUCAAGAAGGCUGGCCAGUGUAGUAAUAUUAUCUGGGUAACGUAGACUUAACUUUAAACUAUUUCAUAGCACAAUUUGGCACGGGAAUAUAUUCGUGUGUGUCUUGUAAUAUAAGUAAAUCCGAUAAUUGUGUAACGCUAAUUAACAUUAGUAGCUAAUAUCUACUUCUUUUCCGAUACGAAUGCUAAUGUUGCUAGCUUAAUGAACAAAAGCUGAAGACGUCAACAGUGCUCGCGCAAAACGUUUGUCAGUCUGUUUUUAACGGCGUUUAAGACUUAAAAAUAAUAAUAAUAAAUAAAUAACCGGUGAAUAAUAUUCUCUAAAAGUCGCGUUUAUGCGUCUUGGAUGUGUUUAGGUAUUGAGCGCCUGUGAACUGGUCUACUUUAGAUCAUUAUUAUUAUUAUUAAUGUUAUUCAGAUUUGUAUUGUAUAAAUUUCCCUACAGUAAAUUAGUUUGAGAUUAAAACAAGAACUAUGCAUAAAAUAUAUAUAGAGUAGAUACGGAAAUAUUUCACACCUCCACCCAAAAUAUCGACCUUUUUGUUUUUGUUACCGUACAAACGGACUUUAUUAUAUAUAUCGUGUCUUACUUCCGGUCAGCCACUUCCGGUUAAUUUAACACACUAUUUAAAAAAAAAUAAGAUAGCAUCACCACGCACUAGCAUUUUUAGUAAAGUUUAUUUACUACUAAAUAUAGAUUUGUGUUAGAAAAAAAAAAUAUAUAUAUAGGUGGUCCAGUUUUACACACUGGUACAAACCGGAAAUAACUAGUUCGCUGACUAGUUUGAAUUGUUGCCAAGUUUGUCACCGUUCGCCAAAAAAAAAAAUGCUUUAAAAAGAAUUAUAUUGAGUAAAUAAACAGUGCUUGUUGUUGUAGACAACUCCAACAUUGAUUUAUGUAUUUAUAUAUUUAUUUCUUUUAUAAUAUAUUCGAAAUAAUUUGAAGAUUUGUUUGGUUGUGAGAGUUACCCUAAUCUGGCAACCUGUCAAACCAGUUUCCAUGACAACUCAUCCAGACAAGGUUUAGUUAAAUAAACCUACGUUAUCGAAUUAUCCGCUGAUGAAUAAGAUCACUAGGAAUCGCCUGUUUAUUCUGUAUUACCGCGUCUGAUAGCUGCACUCGUGAUCGUUGCAGCUAGCGCUAGCUAAGGAACGUUGUGAAGGUUCAACACUGUAUACAUCGCAAAUUCCACAUCUCCUUCGCCUGGAAUCAGUUUCUCCAUCUUGGAAAAGCGCUACCAGUCUUUAUUCUAGUACCACCACGUUUCUUGACGUUACUUUUUUUUGUUUUGUUUUGUUUUAGAAUAACUGCAUCGAUCUCCAUCACUGUAAGCAAAAGUGGCUAACAAAUCUCGCACAAAAGAAAAUUUCCGACCUGUACUCAUGUCCACAUUUUAAAAUAUGGUGGGUGAUUCUAUAUUGACUGUAAUAAGCUAAACUUUUUUAUUUAUUUUUUAAAAUCAGUACAAUUAAUUUGACAGUCAGGGCUGUAACGAAUAUUUCAGUACCGUAAAUACCUAAAAUAUUUUAAACGGCAUCAACAACACUGACUGCCUGCUAAAUUUCAACUUAGAUUUUAUUUUUGUAGUCGUAGAUACAAAAAAAAACUCUUUGUUGUACUUGGGCGUAUACUGAUCAAUAAAAAUCAAUGAUGAAUUGAUUUGGAAGGUUUGAGGUGACCGGUUAAUGCACUGGAACCGUUUUCCUUCUCCUGGACAAACAGGGGUUCCUUUGGGUCAAAGCCCUUACGUUAGGAAUCAUCUCCAUCUUCCCGUCCUGCACGCUUUACUAGUUUAGCGGUGGAAUGAGUGCGGCCGGAGAUAAGGGCGUGAACGGGGUUCUGGUUUGUCAGGAGAGUUACGCGUGCGGCGGAUCGGACGAAGCCGCCUACGAGUGCGACGAAUGCGGAAGCUUACAGUGCACACGCUGCGAGCUCGAGCUCCACCGCCAGGAGCGCAUGCGCAAUCACGACCGGGUCCGGAUCGCACCGGGACACGUGCCGUUCUGCGACCAGUGCAAAGGACACGCGGGCAGUCCGACUAACGGAUCCCGGCACAGGGCCGUAGUGCGCUGUCAGGGCUGCAAGAUCAAUUUAUGCCUGGACUGUCAGAAGCGGACGCACAGCGGCGUGAGCAAGAGGAAACACCCGCUCUUUGCUUAUCCGCCAUGCAAAGCGCCGGAAAAGAUCCCCAACGCUGGCGAUGGAGAGUUAGAUGAUUGGAAAGCUCAGCUGGAAAAAGUUCACAGCUUCCUCCUGGUGGAUGAGAAAGAGGAAAUGCAGGUGAAGGACGCAGACGAGUUCGUCAGCAUGCUGGGUUGCGCCCCGGACGAGCUCCUGAAGGUGGUGUCCAUCUUCGGGAACACGGGCGAAGGCAAAUCUCACACCCUCAACCACACGUUCUUCAGAGGCCGGGAGGUGUUCAAGACGUCUCCCACGCAGGACUCCUGCACGGUGGGCGUGUGGGCAGCGAUGGACCCGCUCCAUAAAGUAGUGGUCGUGGACACCGAGGGGCUCCUGGGAGCCGGAACUAACCAGGGCCAGCGGAUCCGGCUCCUGCUGAAGGUCCUGGCCGUGUCCGAUCUGGUGAUUUACCGCACACACGCCGACCGGCUGCACGACGACCUGUUCAAGUUCCUGGGCGACGCCUCGGACGCGUAUUUAAAGCAUUUCACCAAGGAGCUGAAAGCCACCACGGCCCGCUGUGGUCUGGACGUGCCACUUUCCACUCUGGGCCCGGCUGUCAUCAUCUUUCAUGAGACCGUCCACACCAAAUUACUGGGCUCAGAUAAGCCCUUGGAAUCGGCAGAACGUCUUCUCCAGGAGCGUUUCCGAAAGCUUGGCCUCUUCCCCGAGGCGUUCAGUUCCAUCCAGUACAGAGGCACGCGAACCUACAACCCUCCCACCGAUUUCAGCGGCCUGCUGCGCAGCGUGGAGCUGCAGCUGGACAACACCACCACGCGCUCGCCACGGACGGCCAGCGUCAUCUACAAAGCCCUAAACGCCCUGAGUGAGCGGUUUAGUGGUGAGAUCCCUGACGAAUACCUGUCCAGUAACUCCUUCUUCCCUGAUGAAUAUUUUACCUGCUCCAGCAUCUGUCUGAGCUGUGGCUCAGGCUGCAAGAACAGCAUGAACCACCUGCGUGAGGGCGUGAUCCACGAGGCCAAGCACCGCUGCCGCUACUCCGCCCACUACGACAACCGCAUCUACACCUGCAAGGCGUGCUAUGAGAGCGGUAAGGAGGUGAUCGUGGUUCCUAAGACCACAGCAUCCUCCGAUUCUCCCUGGUUUGGUCUGGCCAUUUAUGCCUGGUCUGGGUAUGUAAUCGAGUGUCCAAACUGCUCAGUGAUCUACAGAAGCAGGCAGUACUGGUACGGGAACCAGGACCCCGUCGACACCGUGGUCCGUACCGAGAUACACCACGUUUGGCCGGGGUCAAACGGAUUCUCCAAGGACAACAACAACGCCGCGCAGAGGCUGCUGGACGGAGUGAACUACAUGGCCCAGUCGGUGUCGGAGCUGAGCGUCAAGCCUGCCAAAGCCGUCACUUCGUGGCUCACCGACCAGAUCGCCCCCGCUUACUGGAAACCCAACUCGCUCAUCCUCAACUGCUCCAAGUGUGGUGAGGCCUUCAACGAUAGCGAUACAAAGCACCACUGCCGGGCGUGCGGAGAAGGCUUCUGCGAUGGCUGCUCGUCUAAAUGCAGACCCGUACCCGAGAGAGGAUGGGGACUGACGCCGGUCAGGGUGUGUGACGCCUGCUUCCAAAACCGAGGAAUCCCAGAGGAGCUGUUGGACGCUGCUUUGGAGGAGGAGGAGAGCGGCACGCUGAUCGCCAGGAAAGUGGGAGAAGCCGUGCAGAACACUUUAGGAGCCGUGGUCACUGCCAUAGACAUCCCUCUGGGCUUGGUUAAAGACGCGGCGCGGCCGGCGUACUGGGUUCCUGACCAGGACAUCCGUUGCUGCUCUCAGUGCCAGCGUGAGUUUAACGCCCGUCUCUCCAUCCAUCACUGCCGAGCCUGCGGACAGGGCGUGUGUGACGGCUGCUCCCCUGACCGGCGCGCCGUACCGUCUCGCGGCUGGGACCAUCCCGUACGAGUGUGCAUCACGUGCACCCAGAAACCCGGAGACCUUUAGCAGGACGUACAGAUACCGGACAGCGCGGAACCGUCCGAGCCGUGUCGGGGGAGAAGCUACGCGUGAUUUCGUACGUGGACGCUCCUCGCCACCUCUCUGGUGAAGGAAAGACUCGAGUAUCAUGUUUCAUUUGCAGCUUACUUUUUUCCCCCACAGGAUGCUAUUUUGACAAUCCCUUGCUUAUUAUACAGAAACCCACAGCGCAGCCUUCCCUCAGAUUCAUCGAGUCGUCUCUGGAUGAAGUAUUUUCCAGCAAAUCCGUAUCAAAUCGAUCCGGUUACAGUGUGUGUGAAUCCGGGGAAUCUCUGCACUGUACUGUACGAUCGGAUCGGCCGGACACUCUCAGAGCAGGCGUUAACACGGCGCUUAGUCUACGUUGCUCGUUCCGCUUCCGGACGUCUUCCUUCAAGGAGAAAUCCAUUUGUAUUCAUAUACUCGCCGUGUAGCGCGUGUAGACCGAGGAGCUCGUUUUAUAACGUUUAGAAACUUUAUUACAGACGUUUUCCCUCGAACACGCGGCCCCUACCUUCUCCACACACACACACACACACACGAGGAACUCCUGCAGCGACGUGUGGAAUACGUGCCAAAACGAAACGCAAAACCUCCCUCGCAACAAACCGCGUGUGGCGUUGCGUUUAGAAUUCGUCGAGACGCGAUCAGCUUCCCUGCGUGUAACAGGACGAAACGAUCGACACAUCGUCACACGCUCUACUUCCAAACGGAUUUAUAUUACAGAAGCUUGUAGGUUCUUAGAAUACGAGGCGGGAGAUAACGGACAUAGUCCGAACGUUAACCGCGAGUCAUUAAAAUAUGUAAACUUACAGGAUUUAGCGAUUUUUGCGAUCACGGGAAUGAACGCAAAAUCGAGGAAACGCCGCGGUAUUCGGAGGAGCGUGCAGUUUUUCAGAAUCACCGCAGAUUCGAGCCGAGACGCGUACUCGGACACGAGUACGGCUGAAAGGUCUCGUUUACCAACGAACAUCGCCGUGAAAGACCGCGCAGAACUAUGAUGGAUUUGUAACUGAACGGAGCAGUUUUAUCCUCCAGACGUUUCCACGUGCCGUCCUUCGGCGACGAGACCAAACAACGUUAAAACCAACGUAAUAACGGUUUUCCUUUCGGCACGUUUUCUUCACGUCGCUAUUAAACUACUGAAGCGAUGCGUGUGUGUUUUACAUAAAUUUCUCGUCAUAUUCCUCCGGACAUCAACCUACGUGCUCAUCCGGAAAGCCGGUUCUACUCUGUCUGGAGGUUAUUUAUUGUCCGUUUCGGAUUCUACGACGAAGAUCCGACGUUCUCCGUCGCCAUCGAACCGUACGAUCCGGAGAUCGGAGAACGCGCUCGUGUAAACGUGAGUUUGAGGGAUAUUUCUCGGUCUGUUUAUACGUCUCCUUUACGUUCCUCCUAUCGCCGGACCCGUAUUCGUACCCGUGAGUUCGGUGGACCUGAGACGAGCGCUCACACUUUAUUGAGAUAUUUUAAAUAAAACCUUUUCGCACUGCCACGACUCCGUCCUCGGAAUUAAAUCGUCACGUUACGGCAACUCCGAGACCGCCGAUCUCGACUCGCAACCAAAGGCGUGUGAUUUUUUAUUUUUUUUUUAAACAUUUUUUUUUUUAAAAUCUGCGACGGCAAAAUCGAGCUGAAAAUUGUACCGUGUAUAUCCAGCUUUAGCUACGUAGAAGACAUGGCAUGGCGUAAACUCAUCUGCUUGGCUAUACAUCACCGUCAUUCACGUUUCACUCAGUAGCUGUUAGCGUCUAGCCCCUGGUACGGGUUAAUACAUACGUAUGAUGCAAAUAAAUAAAUAAAUAAAAACCCCACAAAAACAGUGCUUGUCUAACCGAGUUUAUUUUAUUUAAAGGUGUAAUAUUAGGACUGGAUGUGACUGAGACUCGAUCGAUAACUGUCAUGUUUUAUUCACCUUGUACGCUGAGGAAAUUAAACAUGAGUACUUUUAACAGUG